AAGUAGGCGGGUCAUCAAGGAGGUCAAGUAAAUUGAAGUUGCAAUUUUUGGCAGCAGCAGUGGCAGAGUUAAACUUUAUAGUUAAUUUGCAGGCUUUUAUAAUUAUUUUCAUGUAAAGUAACUCUGGUGACUCCCUAGAGAGGCUUUUCCUGACCAUUCCAGAUCUUAUAUUUGUGAAAUUGCACGUUUAAAAUGAGGUUUCGUUUUUGUGGAGGGCUGGACUGCCCAGAUUGGGUGCUUGCAGAAAUCAGCAUCUUGUCCAAAAUUACAUCUGUGAAGAUGAAGUUACUGUGCGCCCAGGUCAUAAAGGAUCUGCUUGGAGACAGCAUUGAUUAUGAGAAAGUGUAUAAGCUUACAGCUGAUGCAAAAUAUGAAACCGGUGACGUGAAAGCCAGCAUAGCAGCACUCAACUUUAUCCUGUCCAGUGCAUCUAAGUACAAUGUGGACGGGGAAUCUCUCUCCAAUGAGUUGCAGCAACUUGGUCUUCCCAAGGAGCACUCGACGGCACUUUGUCGCUCCUACCAGGAUAAGCUGGAGGCGUUACAACACAGAUUCAAAGAGCAGAGCUUAAGAGUAUCGAAGCUUGACAGAGUGGAGUGGCGAGUGGACUAUAUUUUGGGCUCCAGCGAGUUGAGAGAUGUGAACGAACCUAGCGUGCGUCUCAGGCUGCACAUACGCAAUCCUGAUGACGGUACCGUCCAGCCGACCAGCUUCAACAUGUCGGCCGACAAGUUCAGGAUUUUCCUCAGUGAGCUGAAGCAGACUCAAAAGCUGAUGGAAGGGAUGGCAACUUGAUGAACAUACAAAGUACUGUACAUGAUAUAAAGAAACGUGUCUUGUCAACUAUUUUUACGAUUCAUCUUGAAUAAGUAUGAAAACCAGAUGAUGAAGUUACACAGUAUACUGCUGGGACUGAAUGAACAAGGUACACAAUCAAUAUGAGCUCGUCAGAUGCAAUAUGGUUACCUAGUUCGCUUAAUUAGAAUGCAUUGACAACGCAUUUUGACGGAGCAGAUGUUUUUGUCGGUAAACGUUUUGAAAAAGUCCGAUGUCUGACCGUAAUGCCAAUGGGACCUCAGACUCAAAAAAGGUUUUUAAUAUAUUUUUUUAUAACAUCAAAUGUUGAGGUCCAUAAAACUUGUUGAUUUGCUGAUGAGUGCAAAUGUUGAGAAAUAGAAAAUGCAAUCACUUUGCAUCUUUUAGAAUCGUAGAACAAAAUUUUUUUUAAUUUCAGCUGUAAGAAACAUUUGCAGUUUUCAAUAGUAUAUAAUUGAUGAAUUAUAAGCACACAUAUAACUACAAUAACACGAGUUAAAGCUAGCUUUUCCCCUGCUUUUGGAAAAUUUAUUGCUUUAUGAAUGGAAAUUAAACAAUAUCAUGAAUAGUAAAUGAACAAAUUUUUUUUUUUUAAAGCAUUAACUUUCUAACUUUGGUUACUGUUGUAUAGUACAAUGCUUUGUUCAACAAAUUUACAUUAAAUUUAGUAUCUUGCCCAUAUAUACAUGGCAUUAUGCAAGCCAAUUUAACCACAUCGGUAUAAUGGACUGUUACAUUUAUUUCUAACAUGAGUUUUUAGUUACAAAACUCGGAGUGCUUGGAAUGUCACACAGGGAAGACUGGCCGACUGACGACAUGAUUACGGUGUUCCUAAUUAGGAACAUUUCCCAAUUGGGAAUAGCCUUAAAACUUCAAGAUGUUCCCAUUAAAAAAAGCUACAAAUGCUAACUCACGAGCAG